GGUCAAGUUCAGAAGUAUUCUUUUUUUUGACUGCAGAGGUUUUCAGUUUAACAGCUGCUUUUGCAAAGAUUAGCCGGUUGCUGUCAUGGCUCGUUCUAUUUCCUUCGUUCUCGUCGUGGCUGGAUUCCUAUCGAUCCUGCUGGCUUCUGCAGAGACAUCAGCUAAAGACGAAGGCAAAUCAAAAUUCAAGCGGAUAGUUUGCAACAACAACAAUAACAACAACAAUAACAACAACAAUAACAACAACAACAACAACAACAAUAACAACAACAACAAUAACAACAAUUGGGGAUUGGUAAAACGUGUGGUUUGUAACAACAAUAACAACAACAAUAACAAUAACAACAAUAACAACAAUAACAAUAACAACAAUAACAAUAACAACAACAACAAUGGUUAUGGACCGCUUCAGUUCAUUUGCCCGCCAGGAAAGUCCAUCAGUGUGAUCACAGCCUCGUACAAUCCAGCAAGUGGUGAUAGACUUUGGGCAUUUGAGUGCAGGGACAAUAGAGCGUGCAAGAUCACAGAGUGGCCGAGUUAUGUCACUUCUUUUCAAGUAUCUUUUGAGUAUGAGUGUCCUUACAAUGGUUUCAUAACGGGUAUUAGCAGCAUUUACAAUUAUAACAUUUACAAGGACCGCCGCUUCAAAUUUCAGUGCUCUCAUAACCCAAACUACACAAAAAAGAAAUGCAAGUGGAGUGGGUAUUUGAACGACCCUUACGGAAUUUUGGUGUUUCGGAGCAAAAGAAGAUUUUAUUUGUCAGGAAUCAAAAGUGAUUUCCAUUUCAAUUAUCGCCGCUGGAAGGUGAAAUGUUGCACACUGAAAUACAAGAAGUCUAAGAAGAACUGAUAAGCCAUUGAAAGCCGGUCCAGUAAAAACACCGUGGAUCAUGAAAAGCUCAAGAAUCAUUACUUUACAUGUGAACAAAACAGCUUGCAAAAAGUCACUUCACCUGACUUUUAGUUGAUUACAUCUAGAAAAACUACAUUAAAGAAUAGCGGAUAGAGGAGUAAUUUUGAUAAACACAGAGAAAAUACUUGUAGACCUUGGGUUACAGGACACAAGCGUAGUAUUUCUAUUAAAUAUCAUUUGUAAUCAACGAGGCUUUUCUAGAUCCAUUUGUGGUUGUAACUAGCAGAACUUAACAAAAAGUCGUCAAUGGAGGCUAAACACUACAGUUCAUACUUAAGUUAUAGACCUUCAAUUCUCGCCAGUUCAAUCUAUCAUUUUAACACUUACUGUUCUGAUCAGAACAAAUAUAAAUUAUAUCCUGUCUCAAUGAAAAAACGUUUUCCGCUACACACGCACUCGAUCAAGAGUCGUGCUUCGAGCUUUUUUAAUCCGCUCUUUCUGUACUUUUCAUUUGUUAUUAGAUAAG